CGUUAUUAGAAAGUUGAAAUCGAAAGCGGUCUUGAGUCCGCAUUCAGUGGUACGACAUACUGAAGGUUAAUUUAAGAAUAUGUUCAUUACUUAGACAGUCAAGACAAAUAUUUCGGAAAGUUUUUAAAAAUGUGUAGUGACUUUACGUGCAAUAUUGGAAUUAAAAAAUGAUUUCAUGUGUGAUCCUAGUUAUAUUGCUGUGUUCUUCAGUUUUCAGUCAAGAUGACGAAGGUCCAUACAAAGGAAAAUUUAUAGGUAAACUUAACUCUUAUCACCACCAAGUAUCCGGAGACGUAUAUGCUGUAGACAAAUAUACUCUCCUCCUGACCUCGUUCAACUACGAUGGUAAUGGAGCCGAUACCUUUUUCUGGGCCGGAGCUGCAAACAGGCCCGGCCCUCAAGGAUUUAUUGUUCCCGAUUCACGUGGGAAAACUAAUGUGCUUGAUCGCUACUUUAAUAAAGACUUCACUCUAGUUCUACCAGAAAAGAAAAAAAUUACAGAUAUUAAAUGGUUUGCCAUAUAUGAUAUUUGGUCUCAAAAUACGUUCGGAGAUAUUUAUAUUCCCGAAGAAUUUGAACCACCAGUGGCUCAAAAAGUAUCUCAACUCACCGGCAAAACGAAUUCCAUUAGUACAAUUUCAAUUGAAAUCUUAGACGCUAAACAAAUUAAGCUGAUUGGAUUCACUUACGAUGGAAAAGCUAAAGAUGCGUAUUUUUGGGUGGGUGUUGGAGCUCAGCCAGUAUCUAAAGGAUUUAAAGUACCAGACGAAUAUGGAUACUUGGAUUCCCUUAAGGCAUAUAAGAACAAAACCAUAAUCUUAGAAAUUCCAGGGGAUCUCACGAUUUUUAAUAUAGAUUGGUUCAGCAUAUUCGACCAUGACACAAAUACAAAUCUGGGCUCGAUUAUUAUUCCAGAAGCACUGAACGUUCCUCCCUCUUUGGUGAAAGUCACUCCUCAAAAAGAUGAUCUCCCUAAUUGCAUGCAGCUGCAUAAAAACUUCCAAGUUUCUUGGGAGAUCUUCGGUCCGGCCAUUACAAUCCAGCUCGCCGGGAUGGUAGAUGAAAAUGAAUAUCUGGCCUUUGGAAUAUCAGGCUCCAAAGAACAAAGUCAAAUGAUUGGAGCUGACGUAGCUGUAGCUUAUAUAAAUGGUUAUCAAGGAUUUGUAACCGAUUAUAAUAUUAUAGCGUUGACACCGUGCGUCAAAGUACUUGGACAGUACAAAGGCGUCUGUAAAGAUUCUGUGCUGGGAGGCCAGGAAAACAAUCAAUUGAACACAGCAGUACGGGAGAACGGAAUUAAUAUUAUCACAUAUAGAAGGUCACUUAUAUCAUCCGACGAGAGCGACAAAGAAUUUCCGCUUGAGGGUUCCAUUUACAUUGUCUGGGCAAUAGGAAAACUAGACGAAAAUAAUGAACCCGCAUUCCAUGACGUUUACCCGAAAACCAAUAUUAGUGUUGAACUGAAUCCGAAGGAGCCAAAAAAGAGUUGCUAUGCUUUCACCAGAUCUGAACGAGAAGUGGGUGAACCAUGGAGCAAAGGACAAAUUUUUGAUAAAACUAUCCGAGUUUUUACUAGUACUAUUGGACCAUCCGGAGCCAAAAAAGGAUAUCAGGCAAUAACAGGCCACACAUCCACAGCAUUAGCGUGGUAUAUCAAUGGGCUGCUGGCUCCAGAAAUAUGGCUUCGCAGAGGUCUCACAUAUGUUUUCAAAGUGAAUGGAGGCAAUGACCCUCAUAGUCCUGAAUAUUAUCAUCCUUUAAUUAUUACUGAUGAUCCCCAUGGUGGCUAUGAUCGACUGACCGACGUCGCUCAAUCCAAAGUUAGAGUUCUAGCCGGAGUGGAAUAUUCGAGAAGAGGAAGGCCUAGACCAACUGCAUCUGGUCGACUUUGUGUUUCCAAACAUAAAUCGAAUCACGACCGACGAUUGGAUGACGACUUUGAGUCAUUUAAGAAGUUCAACAGAUCACUCGAGUGGUCGUGUGAAACUGGAGACCCUGGAACUUUGGAGUUUACUCCCAACUCAACUUGGCCUGAUAUUGUUUAUUAUAAUUCAUUCACUCAAGCCAAUAUGGGCUGGAAAAUUCGUGUAAUAGAUAGUUUUAAUCAAAGAGUGAGUUCUAGUGCCAACUUUUAUACUGUGAACUUUUGUGUACUUUGUCUGUCAAUUCUAUUGAACUAUUUUUUUGUGAUUGAAUGAGCGUGCGGAAGUAUUCCUAAUUUAUUUUGUGUUUCAUUAAAUUGAAUAAUUGUAUUUAAUUUCAUAUCAAUCGGAUCAAAAAUAUAUAGUACGAACAAAACUCAUCCCAAUAGUUCACGUUGAACACAGAGUUCUCAAGCCUGCAAAAACAUACAGCAAACUAUUUAUUAAACUCGCUUCAAAUUUGGCAGCAAAGAUAUAAAUCCAUACAAUUAUUAUGAAACCAGGGCUUUAUAAAGAAGAGCUACCACGUCUAAAUAUUUAGUUUAUAUACAUCAUCUGAUCAUUUUCAUUUUACGUCCAUACUUCUAGGUAGGUAAUUGUGAUAGUUUCAUAAUUUUGUACUAUUUUUCAUAGAAAAUAAACAUUUUGAAAAAC